AUGGAGGACGGUCUGCUGGAGAUCAUGACCAAGGACGGCGGCGACAUGCCGGCACCUCUGGAGGUGUCCACAGUGCCGGCCGUGGGGGACGUGAUCUCCGGGGAGUACAACGGCGGCAUGAAGGAGCUGAUGGAGCACCUGAAGGCCCAGCUGCAGGCCCUGUUUGAGGACGUGAGGGCCAUGCGGGGGGCCCUGGAUGAGCAGGCCUCGCACAUCCAGGUGCUCUCGGACGACGUGUGCGCCAACCAGCGAGCCAUCGUCUCCAUGUGCCGGAUUAUGACCACCGCGCCCCGCCAGGGUGGCCUGGGCGUGGUCGGCGGCAAGGGGAGCUUCCCGGGCGCCCCUCAAGAGCCGGAGACCCCUUCGCUUGGGAUCGAGGACAGCGGUUUGCUGGGUCGCGAUCCUGAGGACGAGGAGGACGACGAUUCAGAAGAGAAGGAGAUGCCCAGCUCCGCCACACCCACUAGUCACUGUGAGCGCCCUGAGAGCCCCUGUGCUGGCCUCCUUGGGGGGGACGGGCCACUUGUGGAGCCCCUCGACCUGCCCGACAUUACCCUGCUGCAGCUGGAGGGAGAGGCCUCUCUGUGAGGGGACUCCGAGGGGGCACUACUUUCCCGGGCUGGCUUUGGGUUUCCGAGAGCAUGACGCGAGAGGACUGAACCGCGCGGUGCAGCAUGCUUCACUCCGACCGCUACUCUUGCGGGUCAGGCGGAAGAGACUCCCUGGAGGAAGCAUUUAUAGGGUGAAGGACUUUGGGAGCAUCAGGAAUUCCUUCUGUCUGACCAAGCGAGACGUAGCAAA